AUGGAGGGUCUACCUGACACAGGUCUCGAUACUACAGACUGGGUGGAUGGGGAGCUUCCCCCUCUCGAAGACAUGUGGAGUCUGAAUGAUAUGCAAAUUGCUGCUAAAAAUGUCAUCACGAAACGCUAUUAUGCGUCUUACAGGACUGCCGCCCUCGACGAAGUGACAUAUCAAGCGAACUUGAAUAUCUGGAAAAACGUCCGCCUCAAUGGCUAUAGCUUUCGGGACGUUUCAGAUGUUGACCUUUCAACGUCUAUUCUAGGCUACAAUUUUUCCUCUCCUUUUUUCAUUGCCCCGGCUGCCAAGGCAGGACACGCAAAUAAAUCUGCCGAACUGUCACUGGCAACUGCUGCAGGAAAGGCAGGGAUUUUAUACGUCCCUAGUAUCUCCGCCACAAAGUCCCUGGAAGAUAUCGCAAAUGUUGCGUUGGAGAAUCAGGUCAUGUUCCAUCAAGAAUAUAUUUGGUCGAACAGAACCCAAUUGGCCGACGAGCUGAAGCGCAUAGAAGACGCGGGCUACAAGGCCAUCUUUUUAACCGUUGAUAACACCGGAAUUGACGGCAUUAGAACACGCUCGUUGCGAUACACCGGCUCAACGUCUGAGUCUGGCCAUUCAGCGACCUUCGAUUUGGCCUCCCUAUCUGAAAUACGUAGUCUGACAUCUCUCCCUGUUGUUCCCAAGGGCAUCAAAACAGCUGCCGAUGCACUGACUUGUCUUGAAUUCGGUUUUCCUGCUAUCUACGUAUCCAACCACGGUGGACGUACCCUUGAUGGUGCGCCCACUGCGGUUGAAGUCCUCCUUGAUAUCCGUCGGAAUGCUCCAGAAGUGUUUGAGCGGAUGGAGGUAUACGCAGAUGGAGGAGUGAGGAGGGGAAACCAUGUGAUCACGCUUUUGGCACUCGGUGCGAGGGCUGUGGGGUUGGGCCGGAGCCCUAUCUUUGCGAACAUCUGGGGAGAGGAAGGUGUGUCCAGAAUGAUUGAGAUGCUCCAAACGGAGCUAGAAACGACGAUGCAGUUGAUGGGGGAAAGCAGUGUCGCUAACAUCAACUCGAGCUAUGUUAACACAAAACUGGUCGAGUCGAUUUACUUUGGUAAUUAA